GUUCCCUUCAGUGUGAGUCCAGUGCGUAAAGAGCGCAGAGCGGCUCAGCGGAGAGAGUCUGAGAGUGUGCCGCUUUCCACCACUUCCUGGAUUACUGUUUCAGCUCCGUCCGACCGUACACGCUCUAUCAAUGAAGCUUGGUUCUUAUCCGUGAUUUCUUCGCCAUGAGCUGCCUGGAUGUGAUGUACCAAGUGUUUGGUCCUCAGCCUUAUUUCAGCUCCUACAGCCCCUAUCACCACCAGAAGUUGGCUUUGUAUUCCAAAAUGCAAGACCACCAGGACAGCGGCAGCCGGCUUGGCCCCCCGGCGAUCAAAGAGGAGGACAAGGAGCUGCCGCCCGGUGCCGAGUACCUGAGUUCCCGCUGUGUCCUCUUCACUUACUUCCAGGGCGAUAUCAGCGCGGUGGUGGAUGAACACUUCAGCCGAGCUCUCAGCCAGACGAGUGCAUACCCCGUGUCGAGCAGCCACAAGGCCGUAAGAGAUGGAUCCUUUCCUAUGAGCCAGAGAAGUUUCCCUCCGUCUUUCUGGAACAGUUCCUACCAGCCGUCAGUCUCCUCCACACUGGGCAGCGCUCUGUCGGCUCCCCACACGGAUCUCUCCUUUCCAGGUGACCCUUACUCCUCUGCCUCCCUGCACAGCCACCUCCACCAGCCCAGCCCCGAUGCCUGGCACCCAUCCCACCACCACCACCAUCACCACCAUCACCCUUACUCGCUAGGAGGUGCUAUAAGCACCCAGAGCUCAGCUUACCCACGUUCUGGUGUUCACGAGAUGUACGGCACAGCGUUCGACCCACGCUACGGCUCGCUGCUGGUGCCGUCAGUGAGGUCGCACCACCGCCUGACGUCCGGCAGCUCGGUACCGGGGCCCAGUGGCUCUCCCUGUGACCUCGGGGGUAAAGGGGAAUCGGGGACGGGGUCGACCUGGAGCGGUGCCUUCACGGGGGCAGGAACAGAGAUUGGACUGAACAUGGACACAGGUCUGCCAGCACAGGAUAAGAGCAAGGAUUUGUACUGGUUUUAGAGACCACUGAGACCCCCCCUCCCCCCUCUUCUUGUCUACUACUUUGGCUGUAGCCGCUUUCCUGCACUCCUGCUCUACUCUACUGCUGUUGUGGGAUGACUGACAGAUAAAUUGACAGAUAGACAAAAACAGUGAGGCAGCAGUUUCUUUUUCCUGCUGUAACGGCUUCUGGUUUACUUGCAGCUCUGUGUUACGGCGGACUGUGCAGCAGCAGUGCAGCCCUGCUGAGCUGAACGGCAACAGUGUGGAUACACAGCGAACAUGGAAACAAAAGUGGACUCGCAGAGGGGAGAGAGAGAAAAUAUGAUCUUGAUGGAUAUGGACAAAGACAAGACUCUUUGUGCUUCUGUAACAGGCAGGGACAACAUUCCUAAAGUGGAAAAAGUCUUUGGACAGACGGACAGAGACACAUGUGCUGUCGGACUCCAAAGACUAGCGCCUGAAAGGACUUGGCAGGACUUGCCUCACUGGGGCAACUGGGCUCAGACACUAGGAGUGUGUUAUGGCUGGAGGAAAGGCCAUGCUGGUGUCAAGGAGGCAGCACAGCAAGAUUUUGGCAGAGAGCGAAGGGAGGAGGACAAACUUUUUGGGUAUACAUGGAGUAAUGUUUCAUCCGGCACAGCACAGUACACAUUAAAUGUAACCUGAAUGAAUGAAUUUCAACUGAUAUCAAAAGAUAUUUAAGCCAUGAUUACAGCUUCAAACCUUAGAAAUUUAAAGAGGCAUAUUUUUCCUGGCUUGUAGCGCUAAAUAUCCAUCUUAACUGUUUUGAUGUGAGAUGCCCAGUUUUUUAUACAUCAGCUGCCUUCUCCUAAAAUUGCACUAAGUGACAAUGUGGUGUUUAAAGUGGCAGACAUAGCAGCAGUAUGUCAUUCCAGAAAAAAUGAGCACAUCAUAUUUUUUUUAAAUCCACCAUCUAGAACUAUUUCCUCUCUACCAAAUUCAGGCCCUGUCUUUCAAUGUGCCACAUGGAAACUAUGUUCAGCAGGUGUAGCUUGGCACGAAAAAAGCAAAACAAAACAGGCUUCUGGGUCAUGAUUUGUAGAAGGAGACACAAUUGCAGUUUUUUAAAAAUAUCCACAUUAUUGGUGCUUUGAACACCACAAGAUGAAUGCUGUGUAGUUCCACUGAAUUCAAGAGAAAGGCAGCUAGUAUCUCCAAAACUGGGAAAAUAUGGGAAAAUGUGUGAGGUUCCUUUAAGUGUGCUCAUACAUUUUAAAGAUGAAGCAAACUGUUGUCUCAUAUGGCACUGCGCAAAGUUAGGGCUCAGUAACACAGACCUGAAGAUCAAUCAGUAAUCCCCGCAACCUCUAGUCGUGAGGGACAAAUGUGGAUUCGUUGAGCCAUUGGUGAAUGGUUGCUUGUGGUUGGUGGCCGCCACCAGGUAAAUCGUUGCCCGGAGAUGCUGACUCAUCUGCAAAGACUUGCCAUUCACUCGCCAGGAUGUUGUGAAACUUAAUAGUGUGAAGCUGGAACUGCCUUCAAAGUAAAAGUGACUUACUGCUGAAACCGACUCAGUUUAAAGUGCACAGUUUUUACUUUAAGGGCCAAAGGUCUCCAUUUCAAAUUUGCAUCGCAGUUUUGACAGUUUCACUUUGCUUUUUGAGUAGUUGGCGAAUGUUAACAGACAAUUCAGCAUGACUGAGGAACUCUGCUUUUGACUGAAGCAAUCGCAUGGAAGUUUUUAGUGCUGCACUGUAUAUCUCCAUGUAACCAUUUUGACAUUACCAACCUCAAAAAAACAGCUUUCAGUCAAAAUGCACACUUCAGCAUAGCUAACCCGAUGUCACCGCUUGGCGUCUAGGUCUGUGUCACUGAGGAUUUAAUAUAUAUGACAGUACCACAACAAAGAUGUUGGAAAACAAAUCAAUAUCUUUACAAAAUGUUUUGUUUUUCUUUACAUUUUUUAUGGUUAAUAACUGCAGAUGGCUAUGAUUAACAGGAUAGGAAUGCAGACUUUGUUGCCUUUGAGUGCAGCAGAUACACAGGCUGUUAGCUCAGUAAGCAUAGAUUUGAUGAUUCCAAAACAUCUCAAGUGCAUUUGGUUUAAAAUUUAAAAUGUUUUCAUCAAGGUUACUGCAGGAGCAUUACAUGUUGCAUUACGUGCUGAAAUUAUUACACCAAUUAUACUGCACCGUUUUGCUGCCUUUCUGUUUUAUUUGUGUUUAUACUGAAAAUCUCAAGGUUCAGGAACUUGUGAUGUUUAAAAAUCACAAGUUCCUGUUUUCUUGGCAUAUUGAGCACAUUGUUGGCCCUGACAGGAAAACCUCUUCCACCAACAUGUGAUGUAAAGGUCUCUAAACAUUUUAUUUUUAGUCCAAAUUGAAUCACACUUUAGGAUAAAUAUCACACUUUUCAAACUUCACCAAAUCAGUGCUUGCUUGAAAACGCUGCCAACUGCUUCUUCUUGCUCAUAAACCAAACAAAAAUAACUCAAAAUACACUAUUAAAGGGGACCUGUUAUUGCUUUCUUUACUAUUUUUGGUCAUUCACAAUAACUCACACAUUUUUUUCUUUAUGUUUUGCAUGGAAAAUUGGAAAUAGGAGCAGUAUAGUGGAGCAUGUGCAAACACAAAUGCAAAGUUUGGCCAUUAUGAAACAGCUUGAAAGUCAAUAUUUGGUAUGACCACCUUAAUUUUGUUUAAGACAGUGCACAUCAUGGCAGAAGAUUUAAAUUGUUGAGCUAGUAGGUCUUUGGGAAUCACCUUGUUGGUGCAAAAAUAUGAUUUUAUUCCUUUUAAACUGUUAUCUUUGGUGUUUUUCAUAGAUUCAGCUAUAGGAAUGUGCUUAUGCAGCAGCUUGCUACUAGCAAAGUGCCUACUGUAGAUAUACAAUUUAAAACUGGUUCUUUGCUAGGUUGUUACUGUAGACACAACAGUGGUUAAUGCUUUGAGUUAGGUGCCUUUUUAUACUUGAACGAUUUAAGGGUUCUCUGAAAAUGGUCAGGUUCAAGGACUGGACUAAAAAUGAAAGAAAAAGCAGGAAAAUGGCCAAAGAAAACAGUGAUUCAUGCAAAGCUACUCUGGUAGAGUCCAAGAAUGAAAGUUCUGAGCUGUAAAUAAGCAUGAUAGGUUCCCUUUACACAACGAUAACUCAUGUCACAGAAAAUAUACUGUGACAUGGCGAUACAUUUACAGGUUAACUGAGACAUUUGGUGUUGGUUGAAAAACCACUUAAAGUGGAUUAAAGCAUGUUGCCAUGGUAUAUAUUUAAUGUAAAACUACUUGAUGGGUCGAACUGCAUAACCAGAGCCUUUUACCUACCGCUGAUAGACUAGGAGGGACAUUUCUACGACAGCAGCAGAUUGACCUCUAAACUUCACUGCAGAGUGGACUGUGCUUACCUCUUUGUUAUGAGCGUUUUAUGAAACUGUAUGGCUGUGUCAGCAAAAGAAAUGUGAACUUCACACGAAUGGCUGCUGAGUGAGAGAGAAAGAGUGGCGAAGUCUUUCAGAUGAAUGAGGAGAACGUCGGCUAUUUGAGGCCACUUGACUCUUUCUCUCCCUCCUCUCAUGCAGCUGUCAUCGACAACUGCUCUUCAACUCAGCGAACACACACAUGGACGCACACUGUCCUACUGUGCAGUGUCCGAGCCAGGCCAAGGGACUCGAUAAAGGGAGCAUUUAGUGUGAGCAGAGUCCCGCCCUACUGGGACAACUGGUGCGAUGUAAGUGGAGGGAGCAGAGGACGAACACACAACUGUCAAAAGUAAUUUGUGAGCUUGGAUGUAUGUACAGGCGUGUCUAUUUCUAUACUUACAAGGGUCACAAUAUCCAGCCAGCCUAAAAACUGACAACAAUUCAGGCAUCAUUUUGUCGUUUGCACUCUGCUAAUUGUGGAUUAUUCAUAGGAUUAUACUAAAGGUUCAGGAUAAAUGGCAUUAUUUUAUCUGGGUUUAAGUGAAUUUGCUUACAAAAAUACUGUGUGUGAGGCUGCAGCCUGAUAUAGCUUCUGUGUCCUAUGUCUUUGAUUUUCAUUGUCCAAAUUACACACAAGACAAUUUACUUAAAUGUAAUGAACAUGGCUUAGUAGUGAAGUCUGUUUCUGUCCUGCUUGGUCCACGGGAAGUAUCUGGUUACACUGGGAAGUGGAUCAGAAAACUUGUUUUGAGCCUUCUCUUAAACAAACGCUAACAGAAACUUGGUGGCAGUCUCCUGAAAAGGUAAAGUUAGCAGUUGGUUAACAGCAUAAAUUUGUAUAGUUAACCGAAAUUAAAACUGACCAAAGAAUCAUAAACCAUUUCAGUGUAACCCCAUCAAAUGGAUUACACUGAAAAUAAGUUAAUAAAAUAAGCUGAAAGUAAGUUUAAAAAAGAUUUCACAUGUUUUUCCUUAUUUUCUGUUAUAUAUACAUACAGUUAAAAUUGGGAAUGUUCACAUUCACCAAGGCUGUGGUUCAAAUAAUGAGGUCAGCAUGUGAACGAGUAAUCCAUGUGAGCCAAAAUCUCAGGCUUCAGUUUCAGGCAGUUUUUUUCUUCUCCUGGUAUGAGAUCAAAAAGACUGGAUAUCGCUAAUGUGGCCAUCUGCUGUUAAACCUUUAUUUUUAAAAGAAGCAGCAAAGAGGAAAAACAAUAGAUAAAUUGGCUUGUUUCUGACAGAGGAUCAUCUGAGAGAGGAUUGUUUCAAACUACAAAGCUUUUCUAGUAAAGUGCUUAUGUUUCUCAGUCAGUGGCUCAUUCAUUAGCUUCUUGACCUCCAGCUGAAUUUCUUCCACAAUUAUAGAUGUUCAGCAGGGAAAGUUUUACGGGACACUUGCCACCUUGAAUUCACUGAUUCCUCCAUGCAAUUUGAAACCACCCCGGCCUCCUCAUUAUGUACUCUUGGCAUUGUUGACUUAGCAUGGUUCUCAAAUUUUUCAGAGAUGCCCUCCUUGAAAAGCUAAGAAACACUCCCCCUGUCUUCUCUCUCCAGCUGUGCAAAUUUUAUUAAUCUACAACCACAGGGCCACAACAAAUAAAAAAAAUCAUGUUAAUUUGACCGCCAACAUACUAAUAACAUAAAGUAAAUAUUUAUUAAGGCAGGAGAAAGUUUGUCCCUGCUGAUAUCAAGCUAGAUCACAGCGUUUUCCAUCUUUCCAGCCACAUUUGGUACUGUAGGUCCCAUCUAAAUUCACUUAUUGUUUUGGAUUUUUGUUUUUUAAUAAACAAAAAAUAACUUUUCUUGAAUGUGCCACGCUUUUUUUUAACCAGCUGUUUUUGGCUGUAAUACUUCCUGGAGGAAGAAUGCAGGUCUCAGACCUCUUGCAGCUUUACAUCUUGUUUUGGCUGUGUUUUUAUUAACCCCUUAGCAGUCCUAUUAGUCCCCUAAACCAUCCAAUGUCCCGUGGGCGGUACGUC